AUGAGUGUUCCCUUAUUUUUUAAACUAGAAGAUUCAGACCAGUACUUUCUUGUGCAUGCUAGCAGGCAUAUACCUCCCGUCUAUGUGAGACCAGCUGGUAGUUAUGUUAUGGAUCGUUUGGAGUUACGCUGCAUUACUUCUCAUCCAGGCGGCCAAGCUGCUGAUAUUGUUGUUUUAAUUGGUAAUUUUAGUAUGCCAGCCGGAUUAAGAGUUGCAGAAGCUUCUAUCUCACGUCAACAGGCAGAAUUUUUCCCUGAGCUUGGUGCUGUAGUUUUACCCAUGGUUACACAUCCAUUUAUUGUGGGCUUCUUGGUUGCUGAGUUUCCAAAGGCGGUAGAUAGAGGUUGGCAUGGCAUGAAAGAUUCUUCAGUCUCUGGGAAAUCUCUGCCAUUGCCCCAUAGCAUGGACCCACAACCUUUGGAUGUGCAAUCUUACAAGGAUUACUCGGUUAACAUGCCGAAGUUUUCUUCAGAACAGAAACUGAAUGCCAUAAAUAUCACUCAUUCACUAGCCCUGGCUUAUGUCAUGGAUCAGAAAACAAUGUUGCUGCAGCAAUCGUCAUGGCAGAACAAUGUCAGGAUGAGUAAUUUGGUUGAGCAACUCCAAGGUUCUCUCUCAAACAUUAGAACUUUGACCAAAAUGUUAUCCGUUCUCUUGAAGAGAAGUGAGGUAUCGUAUGAUAUUGCUCAAGACAUUGAAGUGCAAGGUGAGCACAUGAGAGAUACUCUUCAGCAGCUACAGAAUGCUGUCUACCUGACAAAGGCUAAUAUAGUGCGCUAUAACAAUGAAACACUAAGGAAGAUGCAGCAGUCGUAUGAUGAACAACCAGAAGUUAGGUCCCCAAUAUCCAGUAACACAUCGAUGGAAACUUCUAUCAGUAAGAUACAAGAUUCUGGUAACCAAUUGUGUCUCAGUUCAAGAUCCAAUAAUGAUUCAGAAUUUCCCAUGCCACCUCUUACUCUUGCACCUUCACAUCAACAGCGAAUCAGAAGACCUUGUGAAGUUUCUGAAUUGCUGCAAGAUUUAGUCGGGGCGAUUAAACCUCUUGCAUGCAAGCAACGACGGAUUGUGGAACUGUGCAAUCUGUCAAUGUCUUUGAAGGUUGCCGUGGAAGAGCCUGCUUUACGGCAAGCUUUAAGCAACUUAAUUGAGGGCUCUUUAUUGCGAACGGUGGUUGGAGGAAGAGUUGAAAUCAUCUCUACUCGAGCACCUGCAGGUGGUGCUCUCAUCAUUAUUGAUGACGAUGGGCCUGAUAUGCACUAUAUGACGCAAAUGCAUUCGCUUGUGCCAUUUGGGGCUGAUCUAUGUGCAGAAGAUCGUAUAGAGGACAAUAUGGCGUGGAACUUUGUUGCAGGGUUGACUGUUGCUCGGGAGAUACUCGAGAGUUACGGCUGUGUUGUCCGUGUCAUCUCUCCAAGAAACACUGAAGCAGUCUUGGGAGUUGGUGGGACCCGUCUGGAGAUUUGGCUUCCCUCAAUGGAUGCUGAUGACUGCUUUGUUCAGGAGGCAUGA